UAUCAUGAAUGACCAAUGCAAGACCCUAAGAAAAAAAUCAUAUAAGUGUGUUAUAGGUAUAUCGGCUAGUGCCACUAUUCAUUCACUUACCCGCACGACAAAUAAAAUCAGUACGAGUGAGCAAAUUUUCAUCCUCAAAGACAACAAAUAAAAUUAAAAUAAUUUUUUUUUGUGUGUUUAUGAAACAAGAAUUGACAAUGUAACUGAAUUAAUGAAUGAAAAAAAAAGAUAAAGACAUGAAACGCUUUUAAACUGAAAAACGAAAAUAAUUGCAGGAAAUGAUAAAAAAUAAAAAAUUUUUCAUAUUUUUUUUGGUUUUUGUUUGAGAAAUUUAUUGCCUAUAGUUAGGGAUAUAAAAACACAUUUGUUUUUUUUUUUUUUGUUGUUGCUUAAGUGUGCUAAGGUAUUGUGUAAGGGUUCCUCCCGGCAAUCCGAUUUUUAAGGAUCCAAACAUUUUGUGACUUUUGAGUACACUUUUAACUCGGCUUCAAUGCACAGUGUUGCUACUAUGUACAUAUGUCGGUCGGUCUGUUCGCGAUAAUUUGAGUAAAAACUAGAUAUCUUGAUGAACCUUAGUAUAAAUGUUCCUUUGCUCUAUAAAGUGACAUAACUAAGUCGUAAAUUAUGAUACAGACUUCGAAGUUGGCAAGUCGCAUCACAUUAAGGAGGCGCACUUGUGGUUUGAAAAUCUUUGAAAAAUCGGCGUGACUCUGCGCCCUAAUAAGUGAAUAUGAAAAGUUUGACAAGCUGGCCGACAGGGGUAAUGCUCGAAAACUCUACGAAAAGAUGCGGCGACUAACAGAAGGUUUCAAGACCGCCGCUGAUCUAGGGACUGAUGCUCAGAGCAUCCUAAAAUUAUGGCGAGAACAUUUUUGCAGCCUUAUGAAUGACAGUGAAAGCAUAACGCCAGGAGAAGGCGGAGUCGAUUCCCCAAACGAUGACGCUGGAGCAGACGUUCCAUUGCCCGACCAUGAAGAAGUUCGAAUUGGAAUUACCCGUCUGAAGAACAACAAGCGGCGGUCGAUGGUUUGCCGCAAAACUGACACGGCUUUGUAAAUUGACCCUGAGCACUACCAAAAGUAGUAGUCCAAAAAGGAUCGGGAAAGACCCUCCGAGCCGUUCGAUACCAAACGAAGUUUCAGACAGGGCAACUCCCUAUCAUGUGACUUCUUUAAUCUACUGAUGGAGAGAAUAAUUCGAGCUGCAGAACUGAAUAGAGAAGGUACAAUCUUCUACAAGAGUGUGUAAUUGCUGGCGUACGCCGAUGACAUCGAUAUCAUUGACCAUAACAACCGCGCCGGUAAGUUCUGCUUUCUCCAGGUUGGACAAAGAAGUGAAACAAAUGGGUUUGGUAGUGAAAUGGGGUAAGACGAAAUAUCUCGAACUGUGUAGGCAACUGAGAAAUAAAGUCCUCUAACGACGAAUAAAAAUAAAACUCUACAUGUAUAAGUCACUCAUUAUUCCCGUCCUGUUAUAUAUUGCAGAGGCAUGGACCAUGCAUGACAACAUCUGAUAAGUCGAUGUUACGAGUUUUCGAGAGAAAAGUUCUGCGAAAGAUUUAUGGUCCUCUGCGCGUUGGCCAUGGCGAAUAUCGCAUUCGAUGGAACGAUGAGCUGUAUGAAAUAUAUGACGACAUUGACAAAGUUCAGCGAAUUAAAAGACAGCAACUACGCAGGCUGGCUCAUGUCGUCCAAAUGGACGAAAACACUCUGAAAGUAUUCGAUGGUGUACCUACCCACCGGGGGAAGCAGAGGAAGACCUCCACUCCGUUGUAAAAACCAGGUUGAGAAGGACCGGGCUUCGCUUGUAACCUCCAAUUGGCGCCCCAUUGCGAAAAGAAAAAACGACUUGCGCGCUGUUUUCUAACUCGGCUAUAACCACGUAAACGUUAGCUUACUUAUGACAUUUAAUAAUUUUUCAAUUAACGGCAUUCUAUGGGCUUAGCAGUGAUCCAAUUACGCAAUACCCAACUGCUUAUGAUACGAAGGAAUACAUAUUUCUACCAAGUUUCAUUAAUAUAUCUCAUCUUAUUGAUAUCAAAUAAUUUCUCAGAAAACAAUUAUUAAACUGACAACUCAUAAUUAAAAUUUAAUUUUUUAUAAUUUUCUGUAAUUAUUUUCGUUUCUCCGUUUAAAAACGGAAACAAAGCCAACUUCAUUCAUGUCUUAAUAUUUUUUCAGUUUCAAUUCUUGUUUCAUGAAACACAUGAAAACUUCUAAUUUAAAUUUCAUUUAUUUGUUGUCUUUGAGGAUGAACAUCUUUCCACUCGUUGUGAUUUUAUUUGCCGAGCGGUUUCUUGCAGUGCUCAGUGAUGAAACACGAUUAUAUACAUGUGAUUUUGAUCUCGUUAGCUCAGACGGUAAAGGAUAUUCUUCUCCAUUGUCGCCUCAAUUCUUGACCAGAAAAUGUGCUAGUAUCUACGAAAAGAGGUUUACAGAUACGCAUACCUACAAUAUGUAUCUAGAAGAAGCGAAAGCAUUUAAGGAAUUUCUAAUGGCGAUUGAAACUUAUGAGGCGAGAAAAUCUGGAAAGGAACUGUGUGCGAACAAAGAAUAUGCCCUCGAUAUCGGGGACCGACAGUUGUUCUACAAGCAAGUGGAUUUGUGUGACUGCUAUAAGAAGAAUAAUCAGGAAACUUUUCUGAACUGCCUCACAGAAAAACGACGUGAACUGGCGAAUUUAAUAAAGAAUUCCGGCUACUACUAAAUUGGUUCAUAUUUGAAAAGCUAUGUAUGUGAAAUUUUUAGUGAAUGGUGUUUACAAUAUUUUUGAAAUAAAUUGUACAAUUAUACAAAAUAUAA